AUUGAAAGUGCUGCUGUCCAUCCCGUGACUACAACAGACAGUCACAGAUGAGGCAGUAACAGUGGCACUCACACUCACACUCACUCACUCAUCAAUAUCUUGAUGUGCUUAUAAACAUACACACACACAAACAUUGAACAUCGAAGUUGAACCCCCCAGUUCAGAGUUCAGUUCAACUAGCCUAAAAUCCAGAGAUAUCUGUGGAAAUUAAUGGCUCUGUCUGUCAGUAAAUUCUCUGCAAUUUUAUGCACAGCCAUCUUGUUUGCUAAUUUACAUGCUCUGUGCAGGUCAUCGAGUGUGGUGCCAACGAUUUCAGCUUCUCCAGCGGUUUUACCAAAUGGAAAUCCGCCCAGUAACAAUAUGUCGUCCUUCUUCCCUUCUCCAAGUGAUGAAGCUUCUAAUGCGUCAGAUGCAUUUGCACCAGUCCCUAGCUCUGGCCAGUUUGUUGGCAAAGUUUCAUCCGCCGCUAACUCCAACUCCGACCGUCAGUGCGGUGCUCUAAUGUUUGGUGCAGGGCUUUCUGCCUUGUUUCUCUUCAAAUUUGCCAAUGCUGCGUAACUACUCGAGUCAGUUGUAAUUAUGCCAGGGGUGUUAUUAGACUCAAUAAGGUCAGGUUUAGGAUGAGGAACGAACGUAUGGCUUGUAAUUUGCUGUUUCUGUACUUUUCAUGAUUCUGUGGAUCAUUUUGGUUAGUUAUGCCAGAAAGAACGUUGAAGAACUGACGUGCAGUCCAUAUAAUCCAUACUGUUGGGAAUGUUCAUGUUGUAUCGAUGUUGUUGAAUAUUUUGGAUAACACGGUGUUCAUACGUUAAAACUAACAUAUUAUCCAUGACAUAUUGAACCAACGUCAUUGGCGACUAACGGAUGACGGACGUAUCUGUCAUAACGUUUGCAAUCUUUUCGUUGACUAAUGUACGACUUUACAAGGGCGGCUGAAAAGCUUUCAUGUCAACAGCUCCAAAGGGAUCUCAUAUUUGCAACCAGUUUGUUUGCUCAGCGGGAAUCCAAAGCCACGAAAAUCCCCCGGGAGAAGAAUGAAUGAAUGAAUGAAGAUUUCAAAAUCGAGUUUUUGUCUCGUGAGCAGACACCAAUAUUCGGUCACAGUUAACAACCCCAACCUCACAAACUGGUUCAGCAAAUACGUCGACAAAAACGAUGUCGCCUCCUGGAACUCCGUCAUUGCCGACUUGGCCCGCAGCAGCGACUCCCUCGAAGCCCUCCGGGCAUUUUCUGUCGGCUUGUUCUCGCGUAUCGAGUAAGGGACUUGCCCAAAGUGUUCAUGGGUUGGUGGUGAAGAGAGGUUUCGAUGGGGAUUUAUGGGUAGGGAAUACUUUGAUGGAUGCAUAUGCCAGAUGCGGCGAGCUCGGUCUUGUUAGAAAGGUGUUUGAUGGAAUGUCUCAAAAGGAUUUGGUUUCUUGGAACUCCAUGAUUGCAACUUAUGGGCAGAGUGGAUUAUCUUCAGAGGCAUGGCAAGUCUUCUAUGGGAUGACAAAGGAUGGUGACAUCCGCUACAAUGCGGUGACAUUGUCUGCUUUGUUAUUAGCUUGUGCGCAUGCUGGGCCUCUGUUAGUUGGGAAGUCUAUACAUGAUCAGGUUCUGAAAAAGGGCUUGGAAGAGAAUGUGAUAGUGUCUACCUCUACUAUCCACAUGUACUGCAAAUGUGGGAGAGUUGACUUGGCAAGAAAGGCAUUUGAUUGCAUGAAGGAGAAGAAUGUUAGGACAUGGACCGCCAUGAUUGCAGGUUAUGGAAUGCACGGCCGAGCCAAAGAAGCAUUGGAGGUCUUCUAUAAGAUGAUAAGAGAAGGUGUGAAACCAAAUUACAUAACAUUUGUGUCACUUCUAAAUGCUUGCAGCCAUGCUGGUCUAUUAGAAGAAGGUUGGUAUUGGUUUAAUAACAUGAGCCACGAAUACAGUGUAGAACCUGGAAUUGAGCACUAUGGGUGCAUGGUUGAUCUUCUUGGACGUUCCGGUGAACUUAACAAAGCUUAUGAUUUAAUAAAGGGAAUGAGGAUUGGGCCAGAUUGUGUAGUCUGGGGUUCAUUUCUUGGGCCUUGCAGGGUACACAAAAAUGUGACAUUUGCAGAGAUUUCUGCGAGGAAACUGUUUGAGCUCGACCCUCAUAAUUGUGGGUACUACAUCUUGCUUUCAAAUAUAUAUGCCGAUGCUGGGAGAUGGGAAGAUGUUGAGAGGAUGAGAAUACUGAUGAAGAAUCGUGGGUUGGUUAAACCUCCUGGAUUCAGUUUGGUUGAACUGAGAGGUAUUGUGCAUUUAUUUUUGGUUGAAGACAGAGAGCAUCCUCAGCACGAGAAGAUUUAUGAGUAUCUGGAAAACCUGACAAUCAAGCUGCAAGAAGUUGGCUAUGCACCCAAUAUCAGUUCAGUUCUUCAUGAUGUUGAUGAGGAAGAGAAGGAAAUGGUCCUAAGAGUACAUAGUGAGAAGCUGGCUGUUGCCUUCGGAAUCAUGAAUUCUGUACCUGGUGCAACGAUUCAGAUAAUCAAGAAUCUCCGAGUUUGUGCCGAUUGUCAUACUGUUAUUAAGUUGAUUACAAAGGUUGUUGAUCGGGAAAUUGUGGUCAGAGAUUCAAAGCGGUUUCAUCACUUCAGGGAUGGGUUGUGUUCUUGUGGAGAUUAUUGGUGAUGGCUCGGUCAGAAGAUGGCGAUUGGUAGGCAAAUUUGGCUCGAAGGUGUUGAGCAAUAUAUAGCAUGCAAUGGCUGUAUAGGAAUGUUAUGACUAACAUUCGUAUAAUCAGUUUUGGGGAGGCUGAACGCCACUUCUGAUAAGAUUGUUUCUGAGUAACAAAAGACUGAGUAAAUUAUAGAUCAGCCUUGACCAGGAUUCUGGUCAAGAAACAGAACCACAAAUCACUACUCUACCAAUGGGAUACUUGGCAUGCUUACAAAGAUGAUGGCUUAUUAAGGUGAUGAAGGUUUCCAAGUUCCGGAAUCUACCUCUCAACGGGCUCCCUCAUUUUUCACUUUCAUAUUCGAUCGACCACAUGAUUCCGAGUAGUAGAAUGAGGAUAGGAAUCAAAGCCUCUAAUCGAGCAUCUUCAGACAUUUGACAAUUCCUUUGCUGUUUCCGGUGCUGCUAAUGUUUUUGGAUUUGUUUAGUGAACCAGAACUUCAGCAUUAUGCAUUAGGGAUUCACAAGUGAAUUCGUGAGCUAUGGCGUGGAGAUGAAAAGCUAGUGGAGCAACCGAACCAUAUGUUUCAUCGACUCUGUAUCCACAUGUAGCCUUGAUCUUUCAGUUCUUCAAAUAACGCUCGAUUUGCAUUUCUUUUUCAAAUCUUCAUAUGUUUCAUUUUGAUUUCUGCGGGCCGUGGACAUAUUUUUUAGAAAAAGUGCGUAGAUAUAGUGGAAGGUAGUGAAAUUUACCGGGAAGGAAAAUAACUAAUGAUAUUUCUUUUCUAAAUCAAAAGGGUGUGAUACUUUGACUACGCAACCAAAGUAACGUUUGCGAAUUGCCAAUUUGCCAAAGGAUGCUUGUGUCCCGUGGAGGACUUGUU